AUGGCGUCUUUACUCCCCCUCCUCAUCACCCCAGUGACGCAAAAGGUCGCACCAAUUGAGAGUCUUUUGACAAAUCUUUUUCCGAAAGUGAGCCGUGAACCACCACCACUGUUCGAGCCGACCAACCCGGCAAAAGACGGACUGGAGUGCAUUCAAGACUGUUCCUCAUGUGACAUCACAUACCCGGAGAAGUUCAGGAUCAACGAGACCGAGCAUCUUUACGGUACAGUCAUGCCUUGGGAGAGACAUCUCCUCGUUGCGACUGGCAAAGCCAACUGGAUCAACAACUUCAUGAGUGAAGAAGGCAGCAUCGGCGAAGCGAUAGCCAAGACACACGGUCAUAUGGUCGAGAAGAACUUUAUGCUUUCCGCAUCCAACAUCCCCAUACCUAACUACGGCGGCGAAGACAGUUGUGGCGACGAACCGAUUUCUUCCGUCCUCCUUCUUCCCGCUUUCGUCAUCGUUGACUGCGUCACACCAUCUCGCACACAGGAUUUCAUCACGCAUCUCGUCAACCCCAGCCCGUGCAAUACCUCUUCACUGCUUCCGCUGAAUUCGCUUAGCGUACCACCAGAAUCAGGGCUAAAGAUACGCUCCUGUCCGCACGACUACCUGAUCUUGCUGUGUAGUCACCGGACUCGCGAUUCUCGGUGCGGCCAAUCCGCACCGCUGCUGAAGAAAGAAUUUGAGCGCCAUCUGCGGCAACAAGAUCUAUAUCGCGACUUGCUUGACGAGAGGCCUGGUGGCGUUGGUAUCCACUUUGUCAGUCAUUUUGGUGGGCAUAAGUUUGCCGCGAACGUCAUUGUGUAUCGUCGUACACCUGUGCUUCCUCAUCAAGCUAGAGAUAGUACGGAUGGUGCUGCAUCAAUUCCACUGAGAGAGGCAAAGCAGUGUAUAUGGUUGGCGAGAGUGCGGCCUGAAGAUUGCGAAAACAUCGUUCGAUACACCAUUUUGCAAGGGAAAGUUGUCAAGCCUGAUCGGCAGUUGCGUGGUGGGUUCGACAGGGAGCGUUGCGUUACGAGCUGGUGA